AUGAGAGUGAGAUCAAACAGUGGAUCGAGACCUCAACUCAAGGGUUUUGGAACCUUUGUCGAGGAGUUCCGUGAAUCCGUUGCACUUUGGAAGAAGAUGCUCAUGGAGAAGCAGGAAUUGGACACGGUCUUCAUCACCAAGUUUCAUGAGAGCAUCAAGGAGUUGUGUCACUACUGCAAGCAGAUGAUGGCAUUUGCUGGACAUCCAAACUAA